GCACCGGAGCGGAGCCCAGCAGCCUACGGAAGGAUGAGCCGGCGGGAGCCAGGGUGAAAAGGCCUGUGGGCUCACGGACCCCUCAAAAACCACAGCAGCUGGGCAUGGUGGCACACGCCUGUCAUCCCGGCACUAGGGAGGCUGAGGCUGGAGGAUCGCGGUCCAAUCAUCACUUUCGCUUCUUACGAAUGACAACCCAGCAGUCCAGUGAGAGAAAACUACAGUGGGGGAUUUAGGAGGCCGGAAACGAGGCCCUUAGAGUGCCGGCGCGCGACGGAUAACCGGCGUUGGGCGGCGCUUCUCGUAGCACGCGGAGGCGAACGAGAAACCAGCAGCAUGGCAGAACAGGACGUGGAAAAUGAGCUUCUGGAUUAUGAGGAAGAUGAAGAGCCCCAGGCUCCUCCUGAGAGCACCCCCACGCUCCCCAAGAAAGACGUGAAGGGCUCCUAUGUCUCUAUCCACAGCUCUGGUUUUCGAGAUUUCCUGCUGAAGCCAGAGCUCCUGAGGGCCAUUGUGGACUGUGGCUUUGAGCACCCCUCAGAGGUUCAGCAUGAGUGCAUCCCCCAGGCCAUCUUGGGUAUGGAUGUCCUGUGCCAGGCCAAGUCUGGGAUGGGCAAGACGGCAGUCUUCGUUCUGGCCACCCUACAGCAGAUUGAGCCUGUCAACGGCCAGGUAUCAGUCCUGGUCAUGUGUCACACGAGGGAGCUGGCCUUCCAGAUCAGCAAGGAGUAUGAACGCUUCUCCAAGUACAUGCCCAGUGUCAAGGUGUCUGUGUUCUUUGGGGGCCUCUCCAUCAAGAAGGAUGAAGAAGUGCUGAAGAGAAACUGUCCUCAUGUUGUGGUGGGGACCCCAGGCAGGAUUCUGGCGCUUGUUCGGAACAGGAGCCUCAACCUGAAGAAUGUGAAGCACUUUGUGCUUGAUGAGUGUGACAAGAUGCUGGAGCAGCUGGACAUGAGGCGGGAUGUGCAAGAGAUCUUCCGCCUGACACCUCACGAGAAGCAGUGCAUGAUGUUCAGUGCCACCCUGAGCAAGGAGAUUCGGCCAGUCUGCAGGAAGUUCAUGCAGGAUCCCAUGGAAGUGUUUGUAGACGAUGAGACCAAGCUCACGCUGCAUGGCCUGCAGCAGUACUACGUGAAGCUGAAGGACAGCGAGAAGAACCGCAAGCUCUUCGACCUCCUGGACGUGUUGGAGUUCAACCAGGUGGUGAUCUUCGUGAAGUCAGUGCAGCGCUGCAUGGCUCUGGCCCAGCUUCUAGUGGAGCAGAACUUCCCAGCCAUCGCCAUUCACAGAGGCAUGGCACAGGAGGAGCGCCUGUCACGUUAUCAGCAGUUCAAGGACUUCCAGCGGCGGAUCCUGGUGGCCACCAAUCUCUUUGGCCGAGGGAUGGACAUCGAGCGCGUCAACAUCGUCUUCAACUAUGACAUGCCGGAGGACUCAGACACAUACCUGCAUCGGGUUGCCCGUGCAGGUCGCUUUGGUACCAAAGGCCUGGCCAUCACUUUCGUGUCUGAUGAGAAUGAUGCCAAAAUUCUUAAUGAUGUCCAAGACCGAUUUGAAGUGAAUGUGGCCGAGCUUCCAGAAGAGAUCGACAUCUCCACGUACAUUGAGCAGAGUCGGUAACCACACUCUUGGAAGGCCACUGCUGCCCUCCCUCCUUCCCGUGCAUGUCUUCCAGCGACAGACGACAGAUGGGUGUCUCUUUUUACUGUUGAAAAGCUGUAGAUUUGUGUAAGAAUACAUUUUUAUUAUGGAA